UUACCCUGAAACCUUCAUUUCAGUUUCAUUUUCCUCUCACUUCAGUAAUUUCAGUUUCUUGUCCAUUUCAUUUGUCCCCCUUGUGAUUUUGUGACAUUUUCUGUAUCUUUACAGUUAUUAAACUAUCAUAGUAAGAAAAUCUCUUGCACAUUUUGUAAGAGAAGAAAGUUUCAAACUUCCCAUGGCUCUACAGAGACAUGUUCCAGUAUUAGUCCUACUGCUAUUUUUUUGGUCUAGCUCAUCGAAUGCUUAUCAAUUCGAACUUGGUGGCGUAGAUGAUUGGAUUGCUAAUCCUCUUGAAUCGUUCGAUCAAUGGUCUCAACUAAUGAGAAUUCAAGUUAAUGACACUCUUUUGUUUAAGAAUAAGAAAGGAUCAGAUCUGGUGUUGGAGGUAAAUGAAGAUGAUUAUGACAAGUGCAAUAUAGAACAUCCGAUCAAGAAAAUGGAAGAUGAAAACUCUGUUUUCGAAUUUGAUCGUUCAGGUAGUUUUUAUUUUGUUAGUGGUAAUAAGGAUAAGUGUAAAGAAGGACAAAAGUUUGUUAUUGUUGUUGCUGGUAUGGUGCUGCCUCCUUCUACUCCGGUACCAUCACUUGCUCCGGUUGGUUCUCACUUAUCUCCGAAGGCAGAUGCACCUGGAAAGGUGCCGAUUGGGGUAUCAUCACCUGGCCCUAUAACGGUGCAUGUUCCUCGGGGUACUAGUUCAGACUCACCUCAGAUGAGUCAUUCACCAGGUGUGGCUCCAACGUUGGCCUCGCCUGGUCCUAGUAGUUCUCACUUAUCUCCAGUAUCUAGUGCACCCGAAAAGGAUCCAGUAUUCGGGUUGUCACCUGCCCCUACAGGUUCUCACUCAUCUAGUAUGGGCCACGCACCUGGAAUGGCGCCAACACUAGUGGAUGUGCCUCGAGGUAUUAUUUCCGAUCCACCUCAAACAAUACGUGCACCAGGGAUGGCUCCAACACUAGAAUCAUCUCAUGGGGUUCCAAGUGCUAGUACACAUCGAUCUCCUAUAAAGGCUCCAACACCGUCAUCAUUCCAUGUGCCUUCUGGUUCACAUUUAGCUCCAACGGCUCUAUCACCAACAUCAGCUAAUGUGCCUUUGAGUAGUGGUUCACAACUAUCUCCUGAAACUCAUGCACCAGGAAAGGCUCCAACUGGUGCGUCACUUGCCCCUACUGGAUCCCACUUAUCUCCGACAACACAUGCACCCGAAAAGGCUCAAACACCUGCAUUAUCACAUGUGUCUCCAAGUCCAAGUACACACCUAUCUCCAGCAGCUCAUGCACCAGCAAAGUCUCCAACCGGGGCAUCGCCAGGUCCUGCUGGUUCUCACCAAUCUCCAACAGUUCAUGCUCCUGGUAAGGCGCCAACACCGGCAUCAUCAAAUGUGGAUCGAGCUCGUGGACCUGGAAAAGCUCCAACUGGGGCGUCAGCUGUGCCCGCUAGUUCCCACUCAUCUCCAACUGCUCAAGAACCUGUUGAGGCGCCAACUCCAGUAUCAUAUGUGCCUCGAGGUACUGGUUUUUCUCCUAUGGCACAUGCACCAGGAGAAACUCCAUCCGGGUCAUCACAUGCACCUGAUGGUUCUCACUCAUCUCCAAAAGUUCAUGCACCUACAGAAGCACCAACACCGAUAUCUAAUGUUCCUCGAGGUACUAGUUCACACCCACCUUCUAUGGCUCAGGCACCAGGAAAAGCUCCAUCCGAGUCAUCACAUGCACCUGAUGGUUCUCACUCAUCAUCUCCAAAAGCUCAUGCACCUGUAAAAGCACCAACACCGAUAUCCAAUGUUCCUCGAGGUACUAGUUCACACCCACCUUCUACCGAUCAUGCACCAGGAAAAGCUCCAUCCGAGUCAUCACAUGCACCUGAUGGUUCUCACUCAUCUCCAAAAGCUCAUGCACCUAUAGAAGCACCAACAGCGAUAUCCAGUGUUCCUCGAGGUACUAGUUCACAACCACCUUCUACGACUCAUGCACCAGGAAAAGCUCCAUCCGAGUCAUCUCAUGCACCUGAUGGUUCUCACUCAUCUCCAAAAGCUCAUGCACCUGUAGAAGCACCAACACCGAUAUCCAACGUUCCUCGAGGUACUAGUUCACAACCGCCUUCUACGGCUCAUGCACCAAGAAAAGCUCCAUCCGAGUCAUCACAUGCGCCUGAUGGAUCUCACUCAUCUCCAAAAGCUCAUGCACCUAUAGAAGCACCAACACCGAUAUCCAAUGUUCCUCGAGUUACUAGUUCACAACCACCUUCUACGGCUCAUGCACCCGGAAAAGCUCCAUCCGAGUCAUCUCAUGCACCUGAUGGUUCACACUCAUCUCCCAAAGCUCAUGCACCUGUAGAAGCACCUACACCUAUAUCCAAUGUUCCUCGAGGUACUAGUUCACACCCACCUUCUACCGCUUAUGCACCUGUAAAAGCUCCAUCCGGAUCAUCACAUGCACCUAAUGGUCCUCACUCAUCUCCAAAAGCUCAUGCACCUGUAGAAGCACCUACACCGAUAUCCAAUGUUCCUCGAGGUACUAGUUCACACCCACCUUCUACCGCUCAUGCACCUGAUCGUUCUACCGAUGCACCCAUAAAGGCUCCAACACCAGUAUCAUCAAAUGUUCCUCGGGGUACUAGUUCACACCCACCUUCUACGGCUCAUGCACCCGGUAAAGCUCCAUCUGACUCAUCUCCAAAAGCUCAUGCACCCGUAAAGGCUCCAACACCAAAAUCAUCAAGUGUCCCUCGGGGUACUAUUUCAAACCCUCCUUCUAUCACCCAUGCACCAAGAAAGGCUCCAUCCGAGCCAUCUCCUGCGCCUGGUUCUCACUCAACCCCAAAAGCCCAUGCACCCGCAAAAGCGGAGCCAACACCUGCACCCUCACAUGUUCCUUCCAGUCCUCGCUCACACCUAAACCCGAUUUCUAAUACACCCGAAACCGCUCCAACACCAAUAACUUCGAAAAUAUCCCCAAACCCUAGCUCAAGCCUAUCUCCAACAUCGUCUCAUGAUGAACCCUCACCUUCCAUUUCACCGACAACAGCGAAAUCAUCCAACGAAUCUUCUCCAAUUUCAUCUUCCCCAAUUUCAUCUUCCCCAUCAUCAAGUACGCCGCCGCGAUCGGGAACGGAUUCCCCGCCGGAAAGUAUUGCGCCGGCCACCGACGGCGAUAAUAUUCCGGCGGACAUUGAUUCACCAGCUAAUUCACCACUCAAUUCCGAAUCAUCAGCAGAGAAAGCAUCAAUUACUCCCUCUAUGUCAACAAUAUCACUCUUUUUUACUCUAAUUUUGGGAUUAAUAAUUUAACAUAGAAAUUAAUUAUACUUAUUACUUAAUUUGGUUUUCUUCUUUCUUUUUUUGUGUUAAAUUAGUUAAUUUUGAUUACUUGAAUUACAGUUGUAUUGGGGUGUUAAUUGUUAUCUUUUGUAUAAUUUUAUGUGUUACGUGAACUUUUAAUAUAUGAAA